UUUCCCAUAAUCAUUGUACUUUUUUGUAUACAUCAUGUACAUUUUUUAUAUACAUGUUUAACAUUUUUCAAAUGCAUGAUUAAUACUCCCUCCGUCCCAAAAUAAGUGACUCAAUUUUACACCAACUUUGUAUUAAAGUUAGUACAAAGUUGAAUCACUUAUUUUGGGACUGAGGGAGUAUUACACACACACACACACACACACACAUGUUUUGGUGUAUAUUUUUCGUACACAUUAUACAGUUUUCUUAUACAUUAUAUACAUUUUUCUAUACACGUUUAACAUUGUUCUAAUGCGGAUUAAUGUUUUUCAACAUUUAUAUAUACAUUAAUUUUUGCAAUAGAUAUAUUCACAAUAUUUGCAAAUACAAGCAGAAGUACAAAAACAAAAAACAGAAUGAAAAAAUGUAAAAAAAAGAAUUAAAAACACUCGAAGCCUUUUUUUAACCGGGCUUACCCCUUUUCAUUACAAGAACGAAAAUACAACUGUUUCAGCAACAUUCAGGAGGAGAGGAAAGAGACGUAGCGAGUCCAGCACACUGCCAGGAAACCCACCGCACUUGCUCGCCAUCGAAACGAGUACUAUUGGGCGAAAACCUGACAGCAAAAGCACUCAAAGCCUGUCCGCACUGGGUGGCCCAAUCGGGCAUCUGAAGCGGGACGUCCUUCUGUCUCGCGUCAGGCGAGACAUACCCUCUUUACCACCCAAAAUCGACUGACAUGCAACGAUUUUUCAGUCGCCUGUGAGCUAGCAAAUCCGGGCAAACUAGAUUAACAGAAUCAAGCACAGCCGUGAAAGUAGUAAAAGACCGCUCAGUUUGUGCCUGUUUCGCCUAUGCAAUUUACUUUCUGAACCAACAAGGCUAGCUGCUAAAAUAAAGCCAAGCCUGGUUCGUCUACCACCAUAUGGCUCAUGCACACUGCGCUACUUCACCUGUGACGGCAUUAAAAUAGCAGACGUGUUAUAGUGUUCGCCUACGGAUCUUAUUAUAGUAUACAAUCAGCAGGCCGUACACUGUCUGAUUAGUGAUUACGUCUGCCUAAACUUGUACUAGCAAUAAACUACUACUGCCGUUGCAGCCAUUCCACUACAUCGUUUAGGCCAAGAAACCCAAUAGAAAACGUGUACUCGUCGCAGUCUACCCGGCAUACAUAAGGCAUAACGCCGGCAUCGUAUAUACAGUAUGAGAUAAUACGCCACGAAACCGUAGUUUUCAGAAAUGGACGAACGGUAAGGCGCCCUGAAAGAGCCACUUGGAGCCUUGUGAUAAGCGCGCGCGUAGAUGACAACAACACGCCGAGCGAUGCCGUUAAUCACAUAGCUAAGCAACGUCUUAUAUAAAUCGAAUGGCGCAUUGAUGCAUACACCCAUCCAUCAAGGCAUCUGCCAAUCAUACGGUGCAGCGGCACAGAGCAGCUCGAGCCAAAGCACAAAUGGCGGCGAAGGAGGCCUUUCUCGCCGUCGUCCUGCUCCUGUCCUUGCUGAGCUCGCCGCUGCCGUCGGGCGCCCAGGCAUCGGUGUUCCCCGUCAAUGUCUGGCCCAAGCCGACGUCCAUGUCCUGGGCGGAGCCUCUCGCCGCCAUACCGGUGUCCGCGUCGUUCCGCAUCGUGGGGACGUCCGGGAACAGCCCGUACCUCGUCUCCGCCACGCAGCGCUACACCGCGCUGCUCUUCGCCGAGAGGUACAGGCCCAUCGUGCGGCCGGCGGUCAAUGUCACCGCUGGGGGCCCCGCGCUCCAGAGCCUGACCGUGUCCGUGUCCGACCUGUCCGCCCCGCUCCAGGACGGCGUGGACGAGUCCUACGAGCUGGAAAUCCUCCCCACGGGCGUGGCCACCAUCACGGCGGCCACGGUGUGGGGCGCCAUGCACGGGUUGGAGUCGUUCUCGCAGCUCGCGUGGAGGGGCCGGCAAGGGGAGCUGCUGGUGGCCGCCGGCGUGCGCGUGGAGGACAAGCCUUUGUACCAGCACCGUGGCCUGAUGCUCGACACCGGGAGGACCUACUUCCCCGUCGUCGACAUCCUGCGGACCAUCGACACCAUGGCGGCCAACAAGAUGAACGUGUUCCACUGGCACAUCACGGACUCGCAGUCGUUCCCCAUCGAGCUGCCGUCCGAGCCGAUGCUCGCUGAGAUGGGCGCGUACGGUGAGGACAUGAGGUACACCGUCAAGGACGUCCAGCGCAUCGUCGAGUUCGCCAUGAGCCGCGGCGUCCGCGUCGUGCCGGAGAUCGACGCACCUGGCCACACGGCGUCGUGGGCCGGCGCGUACCCGGAGGCGGUCUCCUGCGCGGGCAAGUUCUGGCUGCCGGACGCGAGCGACUGGGGCAGCAGGCUCGCGGCCGAGCCGGGGUCCGGCCAGCUGAACCCGCUGGAGCCCAAGACGUACGAGGUGGUGGCCAACAUCAUCAACGACAUCACCUCCAUGUUCCCGGAGGGCCUCUACCACGCCGGCGCCGACGAGGUGACGCCGGGAUGCUGGGAGACGGACCCGUCGAUCCAGGCGGACAUGGAGAAGGGCGGCACCCUGAGCCAGCUCCUGGAGCGGUACGUGCGCGCGGUGCACCCGCACGUGGUGUCCAAGAACCGCACGGUGGUGUUCUGGGAGGACGUGCUGCUGGACGUGGAGGUGAACGUGAGCUCGUCGGUGAUCCCGCCCGCCACCACCAUCCUGCAGACGUGGAACAACGGGGCCAACAACACGAAGCUGAUCGUGCAGGCCGGUUACCGCGCCAUCGUCUCCUCGGCCUCCUUCUACUACCUCGACUGCGGCCACGGCGACUUCGUCGGGAACAACAGCGUGUACGACGACCAGAGGAGCGACUACAAGACGGACGGGGGCUCCUGGUGCGGGCCGUUCAAGACGUGGCAGCGGGUGUACGACUACGACAUCGCGUACGGGCUCACGGCGGAGGAGGCCAAGCUGGUCAUCGGCGGCGAGGUGGCGCUGUGGACGGAGCAGGCCGACUCCACGGUGCUGGACGCCAGGAUCUGGCCGCGGGCGUCGGCCAUGGCGGAGGCGCUGUGGUCCGGCAACCGCGACGCGUCCGGCCGGAAGCGGUACGCGGAGGCCACGGACAGGCUCAACGACUGGCGGCACCGCAUGGUGGGGCGAGGGAUCCGCGCCGAGCCCAUCCAGCCGCUCUGGUGCCGCACGCGCCCCGGAAUGUGCGACCUGGUUCGAUGAGGGCCCGACAAGAAGCGGCGCGUGCGUACGCGCCGUUGCGUGUGCCAACUCUGAGCAUUACCUUUCAUUCAUAUUGAACGUGUCAAACUAAAUUAUGUAAGUGAGCUAAAGCAUGUAUGGUGUUUCCUUUUUGUUGUGUGAUUGUGCCAUUUUUUUGUCAAUUUGUUCUUUGUUUGUAAAUGUGAAGUGGACGGCAUGUCAUGUUGCCCAAUGCGCAGUUGUACCUUCUUCAAAGCCGGGCUUUUUCAUGGGACCCAUUCGCCAAAUGAGUUGCUUUGUACUGAGGCUUGAUUUGAUUAAAGUAAUGCCAAGUUGUUUGUGUCAAUCAACCUCUACUUUUUCCUCCGGGAAUUUCUUCAUUAUUGCUUAUUUGGAGAUAUCACAUGGACAAUAGAGUUUUCUUUAGCCCAAUAGAGCUUCCUUUGUUGUGAAUGAGAUGCGUUUCAUACUGCAGCAUGACAUCGGCUGAAGUGUAAAAAAAGA